GGAAAUGCCUGCGUUGAAGCUCUUUGGGCGAAAAUGGUUGGCCGCAACCGACGACUUGUAUCCCGGCUUAUUCGAAUUAUUUAUCCGCAUUGUAUGGUUGAUUCUUAUAGGGAUCGUCUGCGUAAGGUACUACGAGGACACGUGGAAUUGUCGGUUGGGAGGUGAAUUAGUGCGCGUCUAUCUCCUAGGCGAAGCGGUCAUGCUCAGCAUUGUUACGCUCUUGUUACUUAUUAUCAUCAGACAUAGUGCGAGGGGAAACAUCAUGGAUACGGAUGCCCGACGCUACGUCGAACCGCUUCUAAUGAUCAAGAUAUUAAUGUUGCUGCCGGAGAUUGGAUGGAAUGUCUUAGGCACCAUGUGGAUUUUUGGGCAAAGCGUGGAAUGCAACGACGAAUCUUUUUCCAUCACCGUCAUCGAAGCCUUGGUGUUCUUCGACUGGAUCCUAAUCGGUCUCAGUAUUUUCGGCAUCGCCCUGGUCUUCGAUCCGAUCGGUUCCCUGGAGAAACAGCAGUUGGAGAGUUCCGUGGAGCAUGGCAAGAUCUCGCGCAUCUGGCUACGCAGAUUCAAAUUUCUGUGGUGGAUGCGGAAGGACGAGAGCGCGAAUGAGACCUUUCAACAUGUCGCUGGUCUUUUAAGUGCAUUAUUCCGCGGUACCGAUUUGGUUCCCUCGGACGUAAUAGCGGGAUGCAUCUUACUCAGAGUACGACAGAAACGAGAAACUCACGAAUUGCGGAAGUUAAAUCUAAUGACGCGUCCAAAGUAUACUUCAGACAGCAGCGAGAUCUUCUCGGGCACACCUAGUUGGAUGUCCUUGGAAGCUGCCCACCACUUCCUGCAAUUAUCGAUCGCUUCUUACGGCUGGCUUUUUGUAAUAUAUCAGCAUUUUUGUACUGGCUGUUUUCGUUUAAUAAGGGGCAUGACGUGCUGCGCUUGUUUCCGACGAAAGCGUAACAUUAUUCUGGACGAUAAUUGUUGUCUCUGUUAUCUUUCUGGCAUUAAAUAUCUAUCGAAGGUAUCCGAGGAUGAUAUUCUAUUUGCUUCUUUAAAGAAUCAUUUAUGCGAGAUACCGUUCUGCGUGAUUGUGGAUCACAAAACUGCUAAUAUCGUCGUAGUGAUACGAGGAUCAUUAUCCUUGCGAGAUUUAAUAACUGAUUUUGCAGCCGCGUCCGAUUCAUUCAAAUGUCCUGGUCUUCCUCCAAAUAGUACGGCACACAGAGGCAUGAUAAUAGGAGUAAAAAUAAUUUUGAAACAACUAGAAAAUUAUAAAGUUUUGGAAAGAGCAUUCGCCACAUAUCCCAAUUACAAUCUAACGAUCACAGGUCAUAGUUUAGGAGCUGGCUUAGCAAUUCUUUUGGGAUUAUUGAUACGUCCCCGUUAUCCGGACUUGAGGGUCUACGCAUUUUCUACGCCUGCUGGACUGCUCAGCAGAGAUGCCGCUAGGAUUACGGAGGAGUUUGCGUUGACCAUUGGACUCGGGGAUGAUCUUGUAAUGAGGCUCAGCGUGGAUAGCAUAGAAAAUUUAAGGACUUCAUUACUGACAACUCUUCGGGCCUGCCGAUUACCUAAAUACAGAGUAGUUCUAAACGGAUUUGGGUACGCUUUAUUUGGAGUUCCCGAGAACGAUCUGAGUAAAACGUGGACCAACUAUGACAUAAUUAGCACAAUUCCGGGCCAUUCGCCUUUACUCGCGAAGAAUAGGGAUAUGGAUCAUCAAAUAAUAGAACGUGACAUAACAAAAAGAAGAUAUUCGAAAGAACAAUUGUUUAAUGCUGGUCGUAUUCUUCAUAUAGCAAGGUGCAAGCUAGAAAAUACGGAGAGAAAGAGCAAGAAACAGCUCGCGAAAGAGAGGAAAUACGAGAUGCGAUGGGCGCAAGCGGAAGAAUUUACGAAAUUAUCGGUGAUGCCACGCAUGUUCUUAGAUCAUUUGCCAGAAAACUUAGAGCUGGCGUUAGCAACGUUACUGGAUCAACAGAAUGAAAUACCCUAUUACUUCGAUCCUUAGUGUAAUCUAUAAUAAAAUAUCUUUAUAAUUUUAAUAAAAAGAAAAUAAAUAAAAAACAAAAAAAUUA